UGCCAUGAACUCUGGACCCCAGCGCCGGACACCCUUCAGCAUCGCAGACAUCCUAGGCCCGAGCAUGAUUCCCCGAGCACCUUCUGAGCCACAGCUUCCCGAGGCCAGCCCUGAUCCCGCGUCGCCGCUGUGUGCGCUGGAGGAGCUGACAAGUAAAACAUUCCUGGGCCGUGACCCGCGCGCUCUGCAGCCUUCAGAAGGCAGAGUCACCCCAGAGGCGUCGCUGGGUUCUGGCGCUGGUGUCCGGAGACGGCGCAAGUCGCGUACAGCGUUCACUGCACAGCAGGUGCUGGAGCUGGAGCGGCGAUUCGUCUUCCAGAAGUACUUGGCACCGUCAGAGCGCGACGGACUGGCUGCGCGACUGGGCCUGGCCAAUGCCCAAGUGGUCACUUGGUUUCAGAACCGUCGCGCCAAGCUCAGGCGGGAUGUAGAGGAGAUGCGCGCCGAUGUGGCCUCUCUAUGCGCGUUGUCCCCGGGAGUCCUGUGCCACCUGACACUGCCAGACAGCUCUUCAAGCCCUGACCCUGGCCCUACAGGACCUGAUUCUGAGCCCCAUUUAUCGGAUGAAGAGAUACAGGUGGACGACUGA